UCUUCUUCAUCCCCAACUUCUCUUCCUCUCUCUCUCUCUCUCUCUCUCUCUAAAACUGCAAUCACUGAACUAAAAUAAACAAUAAAAAGCUUAAAAAGCACGUCAAUGGCCGUAGCUACCACAAAAUCUGACAUGCUUGACUCAACCUUCGACGUAGACAAACUCACUUUCGAAAUCUUCUCCAUCCUGGAAAACAAAUUCCUUUUUGGAGGAUGUGAAAAUCCUAAGCUUUCUCUCCCUCAAAAUAAUCAACAAAUACUUACUAAGAAUGUCACUGAAAGUAAAGUCAGAAUCCUCUCUAUCGACGGUGGUGGCGCCACUGACGGCAUUCUUGCCGCCAAGUCCCUCUCUUAUCUCGAGUAUUGCCUCCAACGUAAAUCUGGCAAUCCUAACGCCUCGAUCGCGGAUUACUUCGAUGUUGUUGCUGGCUCAGGUAGUGGAGGCAUCUUAGCCGCUCUCCUUUUCACUCGGGGAAAAGAUGGCCGUCCUAUGUUAACCGCCGAUGGAGCUCUUCGUUUUCUGAUCGAGAAUCGUAGGAAGCUUAAUCAGUCGCCUCGAGGGAUUAUCCGGCGAAUUUUCCGGCAGGCGAAGGUUGAGAAGCUGUUUCGCGCAACUUUCGGUGAAUGCACUUUAAAAGACACGCUUAAGUCGGUUUUGAUUCCGUGCUACGAUCUCUCUACCCGUGCACCGUUCCUUUUCUCCCGUGCGGACGCUUUGGAAAUGGACGGCUAUGAUUUCAAGAUAAGCGAUGUGUGCCUGGCCACAUCAGUUGAUCCGAUGGUGAAUGGCGCUGUGGAAAUGAGGUCAGUUGAUAAAAAGACAAAGAUCGUGGCUGUUGAUGGCGGGAUCGCGAUGAACAAUCCGACGGCAGCAGCUAUUACACACGUGUUGAAUAAUAAGCAGGAGUUUCCUCUGUGCAAAGGAGUGGAGGAUCUACUGGUGAUGUCCCUCGGCGGUGGAGAGUCGGAUUUAGGUCUUGAAAAUCUGAAUUCAACACCGGCGAGAUUCGUAAGAGUCGCUGGAGAAGGAGCUUCCGAUAUGGUUGAUCAAGCUGUAUCUAUGGCGUUUGGUCAGUGUCGGACAAGCAAUUAUGUUCGCAUUCAGGCAAAUGGCAUAAUAGGAAAGAAGCAAAUAAAGUCGGAGAAGAGAACAAACAUAUUGGCGAUGACAGAAGAAAUGUUGGAACAGAAAAACGUAGAGUCUGUAUUAUUUAAAGGAAAGAAGAUAGCUGAAAGUACAAAUUUAGACAAGUUAGAGUCAUUUGGUGGAGAGCUAAUUAAAGAACAAGAAAGGAGAAAAACAAGCAUAUUACCAACUGUGGUAUUAAAGCAAGGAUCACCUUCUCCUAGAACAUCAUCUGCCACUACUCUCUCCACUUCAUCUUCCUGUUAAUUAGCUAUAAAUCUAUAUCUAUAUCUAUAUACAUAUAUAUAAAAUAAUUAUUAAAGCUAAAAUCAAAAUUGAAAUUAAACUUA